CGUAAUAGACGAACAACAACAGGGAGUCCGCACCCUCAAAACCCUACUGCUCCCUCAAAACCCUAUUCCUCCCCCCGAAACACCCCCCCGUUGUUGGUGCGCCCGACGAACCGUGCAGAUGUCGUCGUCUCUAAGCCGGAGGGGCCGCGGCGAGGGCGAGGGCGAGGGCGUGUUGGGGCCGAUCUCUCGCUCGCCGAUCGUGGUGCGGGGGAGGGAGGCGGCGGCGGAGGCGGCGACGGUGGCGAAGAAGCUCCUCCGGAGCACCGGUAAAGCGGCGUGGAUCGCGGGCACGACCUUCCUCGUCCUCUUCGUCCCCCUCAUCAUCGAGAUGGACCGCGAGCAACAGCUCAAUGAACUCGAGCUCCAGCAGGCCACCCUCCUCGGCGGCCCCUCGCCCGCGCUGCCGCCGCCGCCUCCGUCCAAGUGAUCUCGAAAGAGAGACUGGAGAGGGAGAUGGAGAUCAAGAGGGUCCGACUGUAACAUCUCGCUGAAGGAAAAGGAAAAUGAUUCUCUUGCAUGCAUGUUUUGUUUUCUUACUCUGUAGUAUCAAAAUUCGUUUUGAAGUUUCCUAAUAGUGAGCCAAGAGAUCACUGAGAGAUUUGAGACAAGCUUGCCAAUAUAUCCUGCUAAUAAGCCAGGUGGGGUUUUAGUCAGAUACUGGCAAUUUGCUGUGUUAUCAAGAGACCCAAGUUGUUGCUUAUUUUUCAGAUGUUGCAUUCAUCCCUUUUUUUGCAUGCAAUAUACAUUUUUGCACCCUUGUAUGAGUUACCUCCCUUCUCUGUUUUUGAUGAGCGGCUGUGCAAAGCUUCUACUGAAGAAAAAGAACACCUCUAUUAGUAGGCUUUAUUCGACAUGUUUUCUGGGGAUGGUAACUUGAAAAUGAUUGUGUAUUUUCGAGUUUUAACAGAGAGUGUUUGUACUUGAAUAUUCUAAGUGCAAAUAUUUUGUCAGUAGUUACUUA